CGGAGCUGGCAGGCGGGCGGGCGGGCGAGCGGGCGGGAGGCAGCAGCGCAGCGCGGGGAUGGAGGCGGGAGGAGCGCGGCGGAGCGCAGAAGUCUGAGCCCCCGACCCGUCCGGGGGACCAGCCAUGCCCGAGGCUCCGGCAGCCCUUGGGCCCCGCCGCGCUUCUGCCUCUCGCGGGGCUUCGGCAGCUUCUCCAGGCAGCCCGCGGGGCUUCUAGGGGCCGGUUCCAGCCAUCUGGGUCAGGGGCAGCCGGAGGCCUCCCGAGCGGGAAAACUGGCCGAGGUCGGCCGGGCGUCAUGCCGCCUCCCUGGGCUUCCCGGCCCCCCGUGGGCGACCCCGAGUAGCGGGCAGGAGGAAGGGGCUCCUCCGCGGCAGAGAACGCGCCCAUGUUCCAGCCCGGCAUGAGCGAUGCGGGCAGCGGCUCCGGCAGACGCGGCCACCUCCUGGCCGACCCCGGCGGCCCCUUCGAGCGGGCGCGGGACAAGGAGGGCGCCAAGGGAGGCGGCGGAGGCGGCGAAUUCAGGGACCUGGCGGCGGGGACGUCGGCUUCCAGCGGCCCUUCGGAGAGCGGCAACCAGUCCCCCGCGGGCGAAACGGAUUAUUGCCGCCGGAUCCUGGUGCGAGAUGCGAAAGGGACCAUCCGGGAGAUCGUCCUUCCCAAAGGCCUGGAUCUGGACCGGCCCAAGAGGACCCGCACCUCCUUCACCGCAGAACAGCUGUAUCGGCUGGAGCUGGAAUUCCAGCGCUGCCACUAUGUCGUGGGCAGAGAAAGGACAGAAUUAGCCAGGCAGCUCAACCUUUCGGAGACCCAGGUGAAGGUGUGGUUCCAGAACCGGCGCACCAAGCAGAAGAAGGAGCAGAGCCGCGAGGCGGAGAAGCGCGGCGGCCCGGCGGCCCCCUCGGAGGCCUUCGCCACCUGCAACCUGCUGAGGCUGCUGGAGCAGGGGAGGCUCCUCUCCGUGCCGGCGCCCCCCGCGCUGCUCCCGCCGGCCGCGCCCGCUCCUUCCCCGGGGCUGCCCAGGGCGGAGGCGGAGAGUCCCCGGGCCCCGCUCCCGCUCUGCUUCGCCGCGCCCCUCGCGGGCAGCCUCCGCCAACGGCCCUCCGCCUUCGAGCCCUACGCGCGCCUCGGGAGGAGGGACAGCCCGCCGCGCCGCCACAAGGAGCCCGCCAGCCCCUGAACGCCUCUCCGGCCCCCGCACCGGCUGGGAGCAGCCGACACCACCGACCUCCCCCGGCCCCGGUGGGCGUGGCAGUGGCAGUGGGACCCUUGCACGGAAAUAUUAAAACCACCGCUCCUGCCAAAGCC